AUGAAACAAACCCGCUCACUGUUCCGUGACUACUUGGGCCGCUCCGACUCCGAACCCGAAUCCAUGGAAGAAGAAAACCGCAGCGUACUUUCCCAUGACGCUCCCGCUGGAUCCGACCCGGCCCACAACCCACUCCACCCGCCUCACCUCAACGGCUCCGAUCCCAAUCCCAAUCCCGCUCCCGCAACCGACCCGGACCCGAGGACCCCAGUAACACCCGCCAGGACCCGGGUCGGAUCUCGAAACCCGAGGCCCAACGCCGUCCCAAUUAGGGUUUUCUCAAAAGAGGACGAGAUUCUCAUCCUCCACGCCCUGAUCGACCACCUGGACCGAAACCGGUCCGCCAAGUCCAUCGACCUGCCCGCCCUCCACCGGUCCAUCGCGGGCCGCCUGUCCUGCGACCCGAACCCGAACCAGCUGAAGGCCAAGAUCCGGAAGCUCCGGAAAAACUUCUCCGACAACUCGGCCCGGGCUGGGUGGGCUCCGCGUGGGUCCCACCAGCGUCUGGUCUACCAAGUCUCGAAGCUCGUGUGGGGCGGGGAUAGCCCCCGGUGGGGGAAGGGGUUGAAUUUCGGGACGAGAGGUAGAAAGGCGAGAACCGAAAUCGAAAACAGGCCAGAAGAGGUGGGCCCGUCCGACAGGCCCGACCUGGCCCAAGAAGGGAAUGGGCCUGAGAGGGAUGACAUGGCCGUGGUCCGGAGUCUAGUGCCGGAGAUUGUCGGCUAUGGCCGCGGCGACGGUGGCAUGGGUCAGCUCAUUAAAAAAAUCGGGUCGGAGAUUUUCAAUGGCCCGGCGCCGGCAAGUGGGGCCGGUGAGUGGUGGAAGCUUAUUGUGAAGGACGUGGAGCUCCACCGGAAAGAGAUGGAGAUCAAGCUUGAAAAGGCAAAGCUAGUUCUGAAUGAGCUCGAGCCCAAGCCCAGGUCCAGGCCCAACAAUUGA